AUGCCUCCGGACACAGAGGAGACAGAGCUGCUUCUUCUGGUUGUGACGCUUCUGUGCCACUGGACGAGGGUCGUGUCUGCCGCACAAGCCUUCAUGCACGCCACGGAUGUGCAUGAUAGUUUGCCGCAGGCUUCUGCACUUUCGCCGGUCAGUGGGCGCAGGGCGCGUGGGUCUCGCCGUUGGGUUGCCUUGGCCGCCGCCCCCACGCCGCGCCGCUUCUGGGUGUACCCGCACCGUAGCAGGGACUGGUGGUAUAACUGCGUGUGGUCAUCAUGGAACGAUGAGGAAUGGCUCAAGAACUUCCGCAUGAGCAGAGGAACGUUCCAGAGGAUCGUUGACAGCCUAGCACCAGCAUUGAGGCGCCAAGACACACGCAUGCGGGCGGCGUUGCCCGUGGAGAUGCGAGUGGGGAUGGCCAUUUGGUAUCUGGCCAGUCCCAACUCCUUCAGGGAGGUGCGGCAGCAGUUUGGAGUGGGCACCACCACCGCUUUCGAGGCUGUCCAUGAAUUCUGUGAAGCCGUGAAGAACAUCCUGUUCAAGAGGGUUGUCCGGUUUGCGGAUCCAGUGGAGAAGGUUAUGCGCGGAUUUGCCAACAUAGGCUUCCCACAGUGCGUCGGAGCAAUUGAUGGGUGCCACAUACAGAUUCUAAACCCAUCGGACGCCCAUGCGGACUACAUCAACAGGAAGAGGGCUGCCCUUCCAAGGCGCCUGUGCGGGCUCGUUGGCCCAUCCCCCUCUCGCAAUUCUAUCACCCUCAGUAACAGUGAGCACUUAAGGGUCGAUAUGUCGUCCUCUCGGGGUGUGAACUGGUCGGAAGAGGAGGUGGAGGCGAUGAUACUGUCUGUGAUCAGCAGGGGGGUGGCGCCGAACCUGGUGGGUAGCGGGAAGGCUCCCAACAGGAAAAUCUACUCCGGCCUCAGCAAGGCCAUG